CAAACAUGGCGUCAGUUGAUGGAAGCGGGUACCUUGUAUUGAUGGGAUCGUUAAGAACUGGAUAGAGAUAUUCCAAUAUGUCUCGGCACAAGCAAGAAUCGUGCAGCAGCCCAAUUAGUCUUCUGUCAGAGUCGACUGUUUUAAAUGAAGAUUUGGAAAAUAUCAGCUUGCUCGAAAGUGAAAUCUUUCCCAAAACUGCACAGUCGCAAGUCACAGACAAGAUAGCUCGCUUUAAUGUAGACCCAUUUCAAGUAAAGAACCGAAAGCAGAAACAAAUUGGUAAUGUUGGCCCAUCCCAAGUGAAGCCAGCUGAGGCUCGCGAGAAAGUUAACAUUGCAGAACAACUCCGAGAUCGACUGUACGACAAACCAGAAAACAGCGAUGUUCUUGUCAAUGUUCAUUUACAGUCAAAGAAGGCCUUUUGUCCAAGACCUCCAUCUGGAAAGCGGGAUCGGCGGCAAGUUCCAGGCUUCAGAACCACUCUGUUUAAAAAAGACUACGAACGACGACAAAUACAGCUGAAAGUUAAACCAUCUUCUUCCAUUGAACCCAUUCCAUGUAUUCAGAAGAUAAUGGAAAGGUCUGUUGCUGCACAUAUUACAGAAACUACUACUGUUCCUCCACUUGUCGAACCGGCCAAGAGUGAACUGACUGAUGACCAAGAUCUGCACAGCAUCAUAUUCUCAGAUACUGACAAAAUCAGUGACAGUGAAGAGAAAAGUUACGUGGUUUGUUAUGAAGAUGAUAAACUGGAUAAAGCAACUGAAGACACAGAAAAAAUAGGCGAAGAUUUAGAAAAAUCCGUUGAAGACUCAGAAACAAAUGUUUUCAUUGAAAAGAAAACACCAGAAGUGCAGUUUUCUUUUACUGAGAAAGAUAAAGAUGUGAGAUAUGUUGUUUCAGAGAGACUAAGGGAUAUUAUGAAGGACAAAAGCAGUAUGAUGUCUUUUUGUGCUCUGAGUCGACUGCCUGUUGAGGCCCCUCCAUUGUCAUACUUGAAAAAAAAUUGGUAUGAUGAUCCAGUGCUGGACAGUGAUGAUGGUUUUACGCAUCUGAUAGCAUACAGAAGUCAACUUGGCUGGGUAACAGAGAUUCCUCACCACGGCCCAUUAUGCAGGAAACAGAUGGAAGCUCUAACAAAUGAUCAGCCCAUUUCAACUGCAAUGCAAAAAUUAGUCACAUCAGCGAAAGAGGAUGAUGGUAAAUUUGUGUAUUGUGUGUUACGGAACCGAGACAACCCCCGUGCCAGAUAUGAUCCCUACAACCUGCAAGUUGUUUCUGCUGAUAAAGCGAGAUCACAGAGGAAAUACUGGACUGUCAGUGCUUCUUCUGUAACAAUGUGGACUCAAGAUGAUAAUAAUCAUGAAGAAUCGAGCAGCACUCCAGCAUUGUGGUGGCUCUGGGAGAGACGCCUUUUCUACCACAUCACCCAGCUUCCAUCGUUUGUGAAAUUCAGAAUAUGGAAAACAUUCAAAGUGUGGGUGAAAAGUAUCAGAAAAAAGAAAAAUUCUCACAGCAGAAUGGUUCUAUAUAAAUCUCUAUUUGUGGCCAAUGAAGUUCUUCAGGGAUGUUUGUUCCAUGUAAAGACUUUAUGUGAGACUGCCAAAGGCUGUGGAAAAGAUGUUGACGGUAGCAGUGUCAUCAGCCUCUUGAAACACGACCGUUCCAAAACCAUGACCCUGCAAGAAUUCACAUCUGCUCAGGUGGAACAAGGCAAACUGGCAUUGGCACAGCUUAAUGCCCUGCGGAAUAAGAUCAUCGAAGUAGCAUGGGAAUCCUGUGCAACUGUGGCAGAAAUGGAAGGUAUCACACAAGGUAUUCGAGGAGACAAGAAGGUGAAAAUUAAUAUUCCAAAAACAAAGUCUGAUACUGAUAUUGUGGUGUCUCGCAACAGACUGAAAAAACCCAAAGGACCCACUACCACUGAUGUGAGGAAAGGUGCAAGGAAAGAUAGACCUCUGUAUGCUGAGAUUGCAGAGUGGCGGAAGAUCCUCGAAAGACUGUCAUGUUUCCUCAGAGCUGUGGAUUACAUGUUGAUGGACCUGCUGCGACACCUGGUGAUGACAGCUCUGCAAGACGUACUGGAUCAUUUUGUGGCAUCUUACAACACCAGCGGCGAGGACGAUCUGGAUAGUGAUUCUGAAUCUGUGAAGACCAGUUCAAGGGACUCAUCAAGGAUGAUGGUUUUAGUUAAGAAAAAAGGACCCGUUCAACCAAAAGCUCCAGAGCUGUAUGUCAUUCCACAUUUUGAUUUUGAAAAGGCAGAGGAAAUUGAAGGUAUCCAAGACAUAGAUGAGGUUUUGUAUGAACUCAAGCACCGUGAAGAUGUGGAAGAGGUUGUAGCCGCAGUGUUCAACUUGUCUCUGGUGCUUGAUCUAAAGAUACCCAAACGUUUCAGUAUUAUGAACCGCAGAAUGUCCAAAAUCCAUAAUUCUCCACCUAUUGAAGGCACAGAGUCGCCAACAAAGAAGAAAAUUGUAAAAUUUCCUGAUGAAAAACCUAUGUCUGAUUCUGAUGAAAGUGAGUAUUCUGACUCAGACUAUGAAGACGAGUCGUCUGAUGAGGAUCUAUCCAGGAACAGAUUUGCCUAUGAAGAAAAAGAACAGGAGAUUAAACAUGUUGCAGUGUCCAAGACGUUCAUCAGUCUGUCACCAUCUGAAAUUUCCUUCAAAAAUGCUGUUUUUCAAAUUGUUGAUGGUUUUGAGAAUACAAUAGGACAAGUUGUUCCCAUGCUACGGGAGUCACGGUUGGCUGUGUUCUACUCUCCUCCGAAACAUGACAUCCACCUGCACUACGAUGAGGAGGAGGAAGAGGAGCGCCGCACGAGUAUGCAGCCGUGGCCGGACCUCGAUCUGCUGCUGCACGAAGACCCCCACUACCAGUACCUGCUACAGGAGCUCACCUCCUACAUCAACAUGGAGAUGGAACUCAUCAAACAGUUCUGUCUGAACUAUGACCAGUUUUGUCGAAUGGUUGACCAGUGUAAGUUGUUGGAUGUGGAAGAAUCCAUGAGCAAGAAGACGUGGUCAGCAGAAGAAUUCAAUCAUGUCUUGCGGUCAUACACAGACAUGAUUGCCAGGAUGAAAAACAUGGUUACCAAUCAACGCAUUGCUAUGAUUGACGUGGAUGCUAAAGGUUUCCAAGAAACAUGUCUGCCCUAUGCUGAGAAAGUUCUGGAUGCCAUUCACAAGAAAUUGCCUGUCAUUGCAAACAAGCGAAAUGAAGAUCUUCUUAAAAUUAUUAAGGGAGCAUCAAAAAGGCUUGACCAGUAUCCUUCAUCUGUGGAGGCAUUUGUGGAGCACCUGUCUUUUCUGGGUCGGAUGUCCAAUGAACUACCUGCUCUUGAGAAGGAGUUUCUAGUGGUCAAUAAAUUCUUCACCAUUGCCAGGGAGUUUCAGAUGAACAUCGAACCUGAGGAGUUGGCUCUCUAUCAGACCCUUGGACCAAGUUUCCAGCACUUGAAGACAAUGAUUCUGUACUGUGAAGCUAAAAAGGAUCAGAACAUUCGCAAGUUCAGUUCAGAUCUUGAGUCACUUGUGAUGAACAUUCAGUCUAAACUGAUGGACCUCAAGAAUCGAGUGCGCGAUCCAGACCUGCUCAACUCGGACACUAUGAUGGUUUCUGCCCUGGAGACGAUUCGGUACCUGCAAGAUGAGGUCCAGUCCCUGUCACUGAAGGCAAGAAGUUAUGCAAGUUACCAAGAAAGAUUUGGCAGCUCUCUGUCCAAGGCUAAGAAGGGUUUCAUUGGAGAGGAGUAUAUGUACACAGACACGAAGUCUGAGGAGAGUGCACAGGCGAUUGAGACUGAGUUGUCCGAAAUCGAGCGCGACCUGACCUUGCGCCGUCUGCUGUGGCAGUCUCUUGAUGAGUGGACACGGCUGGUAGAUGAGUGGACAGCAUCAUCAUUUGAUUCAGUGCCCGUUGAAUCACUGCAGAAAAAUGUCAACAAGUUUACACAGACUGUGUACAUGCUGGAAAAAGGCCUGCCCCACAAUGAGAUUCUGCCCCGACUGAAGGAGAUGGUUAUGAAGUUCAAGCAGGGCAUGCCGGUGAUCACCAGUCUGAGGAACCCAUCACUGAGGUCUCGACACUGGGAGCAGAUCCAAAGAAUCAUUAACAAGGUUAUUGCCAGAGAUAAGAGCUUCACCCUCGGAAACCUUCUCGACAUGAAUAUUUUUCAACAUAAGGAAAAGAUUCAAGACAUUUCCACCACUGCCAGCAAUGAGGCAACACUGGAGCAUAUGCUGAACAAGAUCACCAGUUUGUGGUUGAACACUGAUUUCCGAUUGUUGCCACAUGGCGGCAGAGACACAAGCAUCAUUGCAGGGGCAGAUGACAUCAUGGCACAACUGGAGGAGAGCCAGGUCACCAUAGGAACCAUCAGAGGAUCAAGAUAUGUUGGACCAAUCAAGGCACAAGUUGAAGAAUGGGAGCGAAAGCUGCAGGUGUUUUCUCGCACACUGGACGAAUGGCUCAACUGUCAGCGCAACUGGCUUUAUCUCGAGCAGAUAUUUGGCACACCAGACAUACAAAGACAAUUACCAAGUGAGUACAAGUUGUUUAGUGAGGUGGAUAAAGCCUGGAAGGACAUCAUGCGUCGCGUGGAAGAUCGGCCGAAUGCGCUGAAGUCGGCCAUAGCGCCUGGCACUCUGGAGACACUGCAGUCUGCCAAUGCUAACCUGGAAAAGAUUCAGAAGUGUUUGGAGGAUUACCUUGAGACCAAACGUCUGGUAUUUCCAAGAUUUUACUUUCUCAGCAAUGAUGAACUGCUUGAUAUUCUUGCCCAGUCUAAGGAUCCAGAAGCUGUGCAGCCACAUCUUGGUAAAUGCUUUGGCAAUGUGAAGCACUUGGCCAUUCAAAUCCUGCCACGGCAGCCACCAACAGUAACUGCAAUAACUUCAGCUGAAGGAGAAAUCAUUGAUAUGCCUCGAAAUGUCCGAGCACGAGGUCCAGUGGAACAGUGGCUUGGCACAGUAGAAUACGGGAUGUUUGAAACUGUUAAAAAACAUUUGAAACUUGGUAUGACUGAUAUUGUUGUCACUGAAACUAAGGAGUGGGUUGUCAAACAUCCUGGACAAGUUGUUCUCACUGUGACUCAGAUCGUAUUCAACAAGGACGUGUCUCAAUGCUUUGACGAGUUUGAUGUGUGUUCCGCACUGAUCGUCACGCGGAACAACAUGUUGGAACUGCUGAGUCAGCUGGCUCACCUGGUCUCGACUCACCUGAAACCAUGGCAACGGGAGAGUAUUGAGGCACUGCUGACCAUCACUGUACACGAUAGAGACAUCAUCAAAAGUCUGAUCAGCAACAAGGUGGUGCGCAGGGAGGACUUUGAGUGGAAGAAACAACUGCGUUAUGAGUGGGAUGAGCAGAGCAACAACUGCCAGGUGUUGCAGUCUAAUGCAGUGUUCCUGUAUGGCUAUGAGUACCUGGGAUGCUCGUCUCGGCUCGUUAUCACACCUCUGACAGACAGAUGCUACCUAACUCUGACGGGAGCUCUUCACCUUCACCUUGGAGGGUCCCCAGCAGGCCCAGCUGGGACCGGCAAAACAGAAACUGUCAAGGAUCUAGCAAAGGCAAUGGGAAAGCAAUGUGUCGUGUUUAACUGUUCUGAAGGGUUAGACUAUAAGAUGUUGGGGAAGUUUUUUUCUGGCCUGUCCCAGUCGGGAAGCUGGUGUUGUUUUGAUGAGUUUAACCGAAUUGAUGUGGAGGUCCUGUCGGUGGUUGCUCAACAGAUACACACCAUCAAAGCAGCCAAGGACCAGCUGGCCCCCAGGUUCAUGUUUGAGGGGCGAGACAUCAAGCUCAACCUCACAUGUGGCUUCUUUAUCACAAUGAAUCCAACGUAUGCAGGUAGAGUUGAGCUUCCAGACAACCUCAAGUCGCUGUUCCGCUCAGUGGCAAUGAUGGUGCCAGACUACGCCUUGAUAGCAGAAAUCAUGCUCUUCUCUGAAGGAUUUGUGGAGGCCAAAUCACUGUCAUACAAGAUUGUCAACUUGUAUAACCUGGCCAGUAAACAGCUGUCCCAGCAGGACCACUACGACUUCGGCAUGAGAGCCAUUAAAUCUGUCCUGGUGAUGGCUGGACAUGGUCGUAGGCGUGCUCAGCAUAAAGAUGACAACACCAUCAAAAAGCUGACUUCUGCUGAGGAAUCUUACAUUCUGAUCCACUCUCUGAGAGAUGCCAACCUGCCCAAGUUUCUGUCAGAAGAUGUGCCAUUGUUUGAAAGCAUUCUUGCUGAUUUGUUCCCAGGAGUUGUACCUCCAGAACCAGACCAGGGUGUCCUUGAAAAAGCGAUUUCAAUGGCAAUAAGAGACCAAGGUUUACAACACUGGCCAAAUCAGAUGGAAAAAGUGAAACAGUUCUACAGUCAGAUCAUGGUGCGUCAUGGUGUUAUGCUUGUUGGACCAACUGGUGGUGGUAAAACAACCAUUCGGCAGAUUCUACAGAAAACACUUGUCCUACUGCCAACCAUCGCUGCAUUGGACACCCAAGGAGCAGCAGAUUUACAAGCCAAACGGCCCAGCAUGUUUCACUCCCGCUCGAAAAAAGGCCAAGUGGAUAGCUUUCUGAUCAACCCAAAAUGUGUUAAGCUGGGUGAGCUCUAUGGGGAAACCAAUCCUACCACCUUUGAAUGGACAGAUGGCCUUAUAGCGUCGGCCACACGCAAAUUUGCCAAAGAGGAAAGUGUUAUGUCUCAAGCUAAUGAUGGACAGGAUAGAAGCGAAACGGCCAUGACUGGGAUGUCAGAAGCCACACAGCAGUCAAGUUUUAAACAAUUCAAGUUUCGUUCCCAGAACACAUAUCAGACGGACUCGAGCGCCACCAUGGAUGUGGAUCCAGCGACACCAAUGACCGAUGAUGCUGCGGCGAAGCGAGAAAUGGCCGAAGGAACUGUAACCAACUGGCACUGGCUCAUUCUCGAUGGGCCGGUGGACACGCUGUGGGUUGAAAACCUCAACACGGUGCUCGACGACUCCAAAGUCCUGUGUCUGGCCAACGGUGAGCGGAUCAGCCUGACUCCCGGCAUGCGGUUGAUCUUUGAAGUGGAUAAUUUGUCACAGGCCAGUCCCGCCACCAUCAGUCGAUGUGCUAUGGUCUACAUGGACCCUGUGGAUCUAGGUUGGCGUCCCUCUGUAAAAACAUGGUUGCAGCAUCUCCCGAGAGACUUGCCCGACAGUGGGAAGCAGCACCUGCAGGCUCUGUUUGAACACAGUAUAGAAAAGGGCUUGGCAUUCCUGAGGAAGUACAAACACUUCCAGAUGAUCACCGUCCCAGAACUCAGCAUCGUCUCCAGUCUCUGUCAUAUCCUAAUGGCUUACCUUGAUUUUAUCAGCAAAAAUGGAGGCUUUGGAAAUCCAGACAAGGAGGACCUGCGCCCACCUAGCUCUGACAGUCGCUCUUCAAGUCGAGGUUCUGCGUAUGGCACAUCGAGUCGUGCCUCUCGUGCUAAGAAACGUGGAACUAAGAAGCAGAACAAGUUCAACUUGGCCACCAUGGAUGAGAAUCAACCAGCUAAAGUCAGUACUGCAAAGCAAUUCUUUUUAAUGAAAAGUCCUGGACAACUGCUGAACUUGCUGGGCAAGCUGUUUGUGUUUGCGUUUGCAUGGAGUAUGGGUGGAACUCUCAAACGGCAGGAGGACAGCGAUGACGAUGAUACGGUGAACCGCCGCGGUGCUGACAAGAUGGAGAGAGAGGUCAACAUCUGCUUCGAGUUUGACAACUUUGUCAGAGAAGUCUUUGAAAUAGAACCACCACUUGGUAUCCGACUACCUGCAGGAAGCAGAAGCAUCUUCAGUUACUUCAUAGACAUGGAGUCCGGCCACUUCAUACCCUGGGAUACUCUCGUGCCGUCCACAAAGUCCUUGAUUGAGAAGGGACUUGUCAUCACGAUCGGAGAGACAAUGGGGGUUAUGACGGACAACAAGAAGGGCUAUGAGUCAAAGGAGGCUGAGAUUGUCCCCACUGUGGAUAUCCUGAGGUUCUCAUUCCUAACCAGCUUGCUGGUGCUCAACAAGCACCCAGUCCUUCUUACAGGUGAUUCGGGUGUCGGCAAGUCUGCUAUAAUCAACUACAUGCUGAAACGUCUUGAAAAGGAAGGCGGAACCUCGUUCAAUUCGGGGACAAUCUUGGGAGAUAUCUUCCAGUAUUCAGAGAGGCAGUCAUCCAUUCUGGAGAACAUCAGCAUGCUGACAAAGUUUGGGGAUGACGACAAUGAUAAGAAUAUGGAUGAAAUACUCGGUACCUCGAAACCGAAACUGAACACGGGAAUACUGAGCACCACAAUCCAGUUCUCUGCACAGACGAGUUCUGCUCGACUCCAGGCCCAGAUCAUGCACAAACUGAUCAAGAAAAGCAAAGAUUCUCUGGGAGCCCCAAAAGGAAGGAAGGUCAUUGUAUUUGUGGAUGAUCUUAACAUGCCAGCCCCUGAGGAAUAUGGAGCACAGCCCCCACUGGAGUUGUUACGGCUGUUUUUGGAAUCUGGCGGAUUUUAUGAUACCAAGAAAAUUGUUUGGAAGGACAUUGUUGAUGUGACGCUAGUGUCAGCCUGCGGUCCACCUGGAGGAGGCCGUAACCCAACCAGUCCACGACUUCUCAAACAUUUCUGCAUGCUGUCACUGCCGACUCCUUCCACGCGUUCACUGCAGCACAUCUACCAGGUCCAGCUGGGACGCUUCUUGCAGGACGGUGAAUUCAUGCCCGAGGUGAACGAGUGCGUGUUCUCGUUUGUGUCGGCCAGCAUUGCUGUGUACUACCGCAUGUGUGGCAGCAUGCUGCCCACCCCCACCAAGUCACAUUACACCUUCAACAUCCGAGACCUCUCAAAGGUUAUCCAGGGUCUUCUUCAGGCUCACAACUCUGUCAUUGUAACCAAGGACAACUGUGCCCAGCUGUUUGCUCACGAGGCCACACGAGUGUUCCAUGAUCGACUGAUCAACAACGAAGACCGACUCACGUUCAACGAAAUACUCUCUGAUAACCUGCAUGACUAUUUCAAGGUGACAUGGUCUGCAGAGAAGCUAAUGAAUAAUUCUGUCCUGUUUGGAGACUUCUUUGACAUUGAUGAGGAAGUAAAUCGACACAUUUAUCGACCUAUUUCAGACUAUGCUAAGCUGUCUAGGGUGCUGGAGGAACUGCACAUAAGAAUGCACUUUGGCAACAUUGAGUCGACCCAGUUUGUGUUUUUCAAAGAUGCUGUUGAGCAUAUUCUGAGAGCGUCUCGUGUGUUCAGACAACCUGGGGGACAUCUUAUGUUGGUUGGAAUGGAUGGAACGGGAAAGUCAACCAUUGUCAACUUGGCUGCCUAUAUUUCCGACUGUGAACUGUUCCGUUUGACUCUGAACAAAUCGUACAACAUCCCUGAAUUCCGUGAUGAUCUGAAGAAAGUGUUUCUGAAGACUGGUGUCCAGAACAAAAACACAGCUUUCCUGCUAACUGAUUCUGAUAUUGUAAAGGAGAGCUUUCUUGAGGAUAUCAACUGUAUUUUGAACUCUGGUGAAGUACCCGACCUGUUUGACAAUGAAGAACUCGAUGGCAUCACAGUCGACUUGAAGGGAGCUGCAUCGGAGGCGGAGGUCCCCGACACCAGAGCAGCCGUCUAUCAGUUUUUCCUGCAGCGGGUUCACCGAAAGCUCCAUGUCGUGUUGACCAUGAGUCCCGCUGGUGGUGUGUUCCGCCAGCGGUGUCGGAUGAAUCCUGCACUCAUCAACUGCUGUACCAUUGACUGGUACGACAAGUGGAGCGACGAGGCCAUGUACAGUGUGGCUCAGGUUUUCUUUGAGAACACCGAGUUCAUUGCUGAUUCUCAGUAUGACAUUGAGGAGCUGAAGGGUAAGGUAGCCCACGUGUGUGUGAAUUUCCAGCAAAUCAUUUCGGACACAGCUGAGCGGUACUGGCAAGAGAUGCGCCGUCGCUACUACACCACGCCCAGCAGCUACAUGGAGUUGAUCAAACUCUACACCAGAAUGCUCACUGGCAACAAGACUGAGCUUAUUAAAAAUAAGGAGAGGCUACAAGUUGGCCUGUCAAAGCUGUCGGAAGCCAAUGACCUGGUGGGGGUCAUGCAAGAGGAACUUGUAACCCUUGGUCCUAGAAUUGAAGAGAAAGCUAGAGACACAGAGGUUCUAUUGGUUCAGCUUGAAAAGGACCAGGAGGCAGUGGAACAGGUCCGCAAAAUUGUGGAGGAGGAAGAGAGCAUAAUGAAGAAAGAAACCCAGAUUGUCCAGGAUUAUGCUGCAGAGUGCCACAAAGAUCUUGCAUCAGUACUGCCAGCCCUACAGACUGCUAUAGCUUCUCUGGAAACACUGGACAAGGCAUCAAUAUCAGAAAUCAGAGUGUAUUCAAAGCCACCUGCCCUUGUGAAGACUGUCAUGGCUGCAGUGUGUGUGCUGUUCCAGAAGACACCUGACUGGGCCACGGCCAGGCUGAUGUUGAGUGAUCCAGGCUUUCUGAGAAAACUGCUUCAGUUUGAUAAGAACAGUCUACCAGACAGGGUGUUUGUAAAGCUAAAGAAGUAUUCCAAGAACCCUGACUUCAUUGCUGAUUCUGUGGGGAAGGUGUCUGUGGCCUGUCGGUCGAUUUGUGAGUGGGUGCUAGCUUUAGAGCACUACAAUGAUGUCUACAAGAUGGUAAAACCAAAACAGAGAAGGGUGGAAGAGGCAAAGGAGGCUCUAAGUUUAGCUGAAGAUCACCUUGCCAAGAAGCAGGCUAGUCUUAGAAAGAUUGAGAACCAUUUGAAGUUGAUACAGCAGCAGUACCAGGACAGUGUGAACCAGAGAGAAGGUCUGAAGGAACGCAAGAAGAUAACGGCACUUCGACUGCAGAGAGCAUCCGUGCUGAUCUCCGCACUAGCUGAUGAGAAGGUUCGGUGGGCAGUUUCUGUACAACAGCUGAAUGUCAAACUGAAGAGUGUUGUUGGUGAUAAUCUUGUGUCUGCGGCUGCAGUGGCAUAUCUGGGAGCGUUCACAGCCAAGUACCGCAAGGAUCUGGUGGAAAAGUGGAUCACUCUAUGUCAAAAAGAAUGUAUUCCACUUUCUGAAGAAUUUGAUCUAGUCAUGAAUAUGGUGGAUGCAAAUAGUGUAAUGAAGUGGCAAACAGGAGGCCUGCCCCGAGAUGCUCACUCCACAGAGAAUGCAACUUUUGUGAAGAAAGCCAGAAAAUGGCCAUUACUAAUUGACCCUCAAGAACAAGCUGUAAACUGGGUGCGGGAAAUGGAAGGCCAGCGACUCAAGUCUGUUGGUGCCACUGACCCUCAUCUGAUGCGCACAAUAGAAACUGCUAUUCGAGUGGGUGCUCCAGUACUUGUUGAGGAUGUCGGUGAACACCUGGAUCCAGCAUUGCGACCAGUUAUUGCACAACAAACCUUUCAGCGAGGAGGACAUCUUAUUAUCAUAAUUGGAGAUACAGAAAUUGAGUAUAAUCAAAAUUUCAGAUUGUACCUGGCUACAUCGAUGGCAAAUCCUCACUACCUGCCAUCAGUGUUUAUUGGAGUUAAUAUCAUCAACUUCACUGUCACCUUUGAUGGGCUGCAAGAACAGCUGCUAUCAUCUGUAGUCAAAAAGGAACGUCCAUACCUUGAAAGUCAGCGCAUGGAUCUUUUGGAGAGUAUAACCAGUGACAGACAGUUACUGAGAGACCUGGAGAACAAAUCACUUGGACUGUUGCAGAAAUCAGAAGGUCAUAUCUUGGAUGAUCAGGAUCUGGUUGACACUCUACAGAAGAGUAAAGGAAUGGCCGAGGAGAUCUAUCACCGGGUUAAUCAGUCGGAGGAGACGGAGAAGAAACUCAACAUAGCCAGAAAGAGAUAUUUACCAGUGGCCACUCGAGGAGCAGUGUUAUAUUUUGUGUUGGCUGAUCUUGCCUCAAUCGAUGUCAUGUAUCAGUUCUCACUGACCUGGUUUCAAGACAUGUUCUCCAUGUGCAUAUCCAGUGAUGGCGAACAGCGGACUCCGACACCUCCAACAGAGCACCUUAGUGGCGUCUUACGACCUUCCAGUGUGGCAAGUCUGUACAAAGACUCGGAUACCGACUCGUCCAAUUCCUCCAAUGGGUCCGCUCUGCACAAAGAAUUGGAGGAGGUGAUGUCGCACUCGGAACUGGAAGUCCUCAAAAAGCACUUGAGGAAGAUGAUUGAUCGCCUGACGUACAGCAUCUACAGAGUAGUCUGCGUGGGCCUGUUCGCGUACCACCAGCUCAUGUUCUCAUUCAUGAUCACCAGCAGUGUGAUGAGGGUCAACUCCAAGUUUGAGGAUCACACGAGCUCCAUCGGGAACAUCAACGAGACCGAGUGGCUGGUGUUCCUACAGGGCAGCAUCAUGGCCAGCAUGACUGACAGCAAGGUGCUGACAGAACACGAUGGGUUAACAUCGAUGGAAAGACUAGAAUCUGAAGCUCACGCUGGUGAUAAAGAGUGGAGACAACAUAAGACUCCCCCGAAGUGGAUCAAUGGAAACAUGUGGCUUCAGUGCCAGCACCUCGACGCUACCCUGACUGUGUUUGAUAAGAUGUGUCGCAGUAUCCUCACCUGCUCCUGUCAGUGGGACGCCUUCUGUACAGCAGAUAAUCCUUACACCUUCCUGGCUACACCAUUUGUUCUAGAGUCGACAGGACAAGAAGGUGAGGAGAACGUAACACCUGGACAAGGUUUUGUAUUCCAAUGGGAGAACCUGUCCUGCUUCCAGCGUCUUAUCCUCAUCAAGAUCUUACGACUGGACAUGCUGUCUGCUUCCGUGGCCACAUUCAUCGAGGAACAGCUGGGUCAGAAGUAUUUGUCGACUGGCGCGUUUGAUCUCAAAGAAGUGUAUGAAGAUUCAAAAGCCAAGACACCACUCAUCUUCAUCUUGUCACCAGGCUGUGAUCCAGCUACUCAGCUGUUGAGAUUUGCCAAGGAGCUACGAGGUAGUACCUUACAUCUGGACAUGAUCUCCCUGGGUCGAGGUCAGGGACCGAAAGCAGAAGAGCUCAUUUCUAAAGCUCAAAUUUUGAAGGGAAGAUGGGUCUUCUUACAAAACUGUCACCUAGCUGCUUCCUGGAUGCCAAGACUACAAGCCAUUGUUCAGAAAUUCAGUAAACCCAACACUGACACAGAUCCUCAGUUCCGUCUGUGGCUGAGUUCCAAGCCUGAUCCUUGUUUUCCAAUCUCCAUUCUACAGACAGGCAUCAAGAUGACUGUAGAAUCUCCACAAGGCAUUAAGAACAACAUGCAGCGUAUGUUUGGCAGUGGUGGCACGGGCAUAGUGACAGAGAAGCUCUACAAUGAAGGUGUUAACAGGCCUGAGUGGCGCAAGCUGCUGUUUGGACUCUGUCUCUUCAACAGCGUCAUCCUCGAACGCAAGAAGUAUGGCACUUUAGGCUGGAAUAUUCCUUACGAAUUCAACGACUCAGACUUAGAGGUUUCACUCUUGAAACUCCAAAUGUUGCUGGAAGAACAGGACACUGUACCGUGGACAGCACUCCGUUACCUGACAGGGGAGGUAACUUUUGGUGGUCGUGUCACAGAUGACUGGGACAGGCGAUGUCUUCUCAGUAUGCUUGGAAGGUUUUACUGUGAGAACAUUCUCAAGGAAGAUCAUACUUUCUCAGCAGAUGGACAAUAUAAGCCCAUUCCAGACACCUACACCUUGUCUGAUGUGAUUAAGUACGUUGAAGAACUUCCCAACUAUGAAUACCCUGACAUGCUGGGUAUGACGGAUAAUGCUGAGAAGACAUGUCGGGAAAUCCAGGCUGGUGAAUUUAUUGACAUCAUUGUCAGUGUUCAGCCACGCAUCUAUGUUGGACUCACAGGAUCUCAGAAGAGUAACGAUGAAAUUGUGUUGGACAUAUGUACGGACAUUGAUAAACAUCUGCCCAAGAGUAUUGAAGAAACUGAUGACGCAGACACCGCAAACAAAGGGACUCGGCUGCUGCCACGCUAUUCUUUGAAGAGUCUCAUUCUGAAGGAGAGUUCUACUGAUCUAAGGAUCAAGCAGAAGGAUAGACUAAUGUUGGAAGAAGCCACAGAUUCCGUGCUGGGCAACUCUGCCUUGAUUACAGUGCUUCGUCAGGAAAUCGAUCGCUUCAACAAUCUGCUACAUAUCAUCCACAAGUCUUUGUCCGAGCUAACACAGGCAGUUAAGGGGGAGAUAAUCAUGUCUGAUCUUUUGGAAGAUGCAUACAAGGCCUUGCUCACUCAAAGGGUUCCAGCUCAGUGGAAGAUGGUGGCCUAUGAAUCUCGAAAGCCCCUGGCGUCGUGGGUCAGGGAUCUGGUAAACCGUGUGGACUUCUUCUCGCUGUGGGCCGAGCUCAUCACGGGAUCCAUAGAGAGGAAGUUCAAGGCUCUCAGUAACGUCAAUAAGCCUGCAUCACAGACACAGACGGCCACCUCGCCUGACGACGAACUCGAGGAUACCUAUCCAAUUCAGCCACACAGUUUCUGGCUUCCAGGAUUUUUCUUUCCACAAGGUUUUCUCACUGCUGUGUCUCAGAAUCAUGCCAGAAAGCAGAACAUCUCGGUUGACUCUUUGACCUUUGAAUAUAUUGUCCAGCCAGUGAAAACAAAUCUUGAAGAGGAUCCUUUAAAAUAUUCUCAAAAUCUCAAAAUCAAGGAGGCAGCAUUUACUUCUAACCAUGGCCCAGAAGAUGGUGUGCUUAUUUUUGGUCUUUUCCUGGAUGGAGCCCGAUGGGAUCCCACCACUUACUCCCUGCAGGAUCUGCAACCCGGUCACAGAUUCUGCUGUCUCCCGGAAAUACACUUCAUGCCUGUACAGAUUCAAAUUCCAUCUUCUGUUGAGAAAUCUGGCAGCAAAACGGAACAAGAUGAUGACCAAUUGAAAGCCAAAGGUAAAGAAUCUCAGACGUAUGAAUGUCCUCUGUAUCGUACGUCCACUAGAGCUGGGACGCUGUCCUCCACUGGACACUCUACCAACUUUGUCUCGUCUGUUGACCUGCCGUCUGUUCAACCACCAGACUUCUGGGUGUUACGAGGAGCGGCCAUGCUCUGUCAGCUGGACCAAUAAACUUCUACAUCAGACUCUGUGCUGUAAACCACCUUAGGGACAUACUGCUGAACCUGCUGUAAAUGAAAGGUCGGCCAUUUCCAUUCUGCAUAUAAUCCAUGUUUACAUUCAAAUUUGUGUUGCUGUAAACCACUUAUGCAUACCACUGAACCUGCUGUCAGCCAUUUCCAUCCUACAAUUAAACCACGUACUGAAAAUUAUGAAAGAUUAGGUUUUUUAAAAUUUGAUGAAGACCAGAUUUAAUAUUUAGAGAGGUAAUUUUAUUAGUGAUCAUGAUAAUUGAUAAGAUAGUUAUUCAUACAAAAUACAGUAACUCAAAAUGAUGAUGAUGAAAUAUUAUCUAUUUGUACGGUCUCAGUAAAAGUGUGGUUUUUCUCACUGUGUUAUGCUCACAGAUAUUUUAUAGUUUACUGUAUUUUGAAAGACUACCUACCUGUUUAUAAAGGGCAGUUUUAGCAGAACACUUGAAUUAACUUUAUUCAUGAGUUUCACUAAUUUUUACUGAUGGGUUGCUAAAUAUAUAUUUUUAAAUGUUUAGAUAAAAUGUUUAGUUAAUGUGUGAAAAAUUAAAGUGAGUCCAUUGAGUAUUAAUAUAAUUUCACUUAUACUUCAAUGCUUUCUUUACUGUAGUGUUAUACUUAUGUGACAUAUAAAUCAUUGGUUUGUGCUUUUUCAUUGAAAUGUGACAGGACAAAAACAUUUGUAAUAUAUGUGUGUAUAGUAAAUAAUAUAUUACAUGAAUGUAUGAUUAAAAACUGUGACUUUUUAUCAGAAUUAAAAAAAUAGUAUUAUCUGAAAGUGAGUAUUUAUCAGAAUCCAGAUGUUUAUAAAAUAUAGACAAAAUAAGGUAACAGCAAAAAUGUAAAAUAUGUUGUUAUUUGUUUAUUUAUAAGAAAUAUAUAUAAAAUAUAUUAUGUAUUUGUUUAUUUACAAGAAAUGCAUAUAAAAUAUUAUGAAUAUUGUUUGAUAUCUUUAUUAUAAUCAUCCGUCCAAUGUUGGUUUGCUGUUAUUUGAUACUGCUGAACUAUAUUUGAUUAAAAUGUCAUCAUAUUAUUGUACAUAAAACCUUUACAAUAAACUUUUCAUGCUUUGUUUUAUUAACAUGCUCAUUUUAACCAUGUGGAUAAUUCAGAGGAAAACACUGUAAUAAGUUGUACAUUUUGUAUACCAUAGUACACUACAAGACAUAAUAUUAGUUACCUUGUAUUAUUUACAAAGCAGUAUUGUUGAAGUUUUAUUAUGUACCAGUUUCAGAUUUUAUGAUGGAUGAAGAGUCUCAAAUAAUCUUUAAGAAAAGGUUUAUUGAUUGUAGUACCAUCUAAAAGAAAAGGUUUAUUGAUUGUAGUACCAUCUAAAAGAAAAGGUUUAUUGAUUGUAGUACCAUCUAAAAGAAAAGGUUGAUUGAUUGUAGUACCAUCUAAAAGAAAAGGUUGAUUGAUUGUAGUACCAUCUAAAAGAAAAGGUUGAUUGAUUGUAGUACCAUCUAAAAGAAACAAUCCCAGAUAUUUUAGAAGAAAUAAGGGUAGCAAAUGAAGAAUAUAGUCCAACAAUGACUUGCCCUGUAGAUUUUCUUUUAAUAUUCUUGUGAAUCUAGUUUUAUAUAUAGUUUUUAAAUUUUGGCACAUCUUUAAGUGGUAAACAAAAUACUGAGUUUUAAAUGGAUUUCUUUUGGGGUUUUUUUUUUUUUUUUUUUUUUUUUAAUUGUACAUGCAAAGCCUGUGGACAAACCGUUAUUAUUCACCACCUAUGACUAACAUCUUAUUUCUGGCAUUUUUCAUAUUCACUACUUAACGUGUAUUCUGUAAUAUAUGUUUUAAAAGAGAAUAUGCAGUAUGUAUAUACCAGAGUCUUUGAAAAUAAUUGAUCAUAAUUGCUACUCUCAAAAUCUUUGUCAGUCUCCAUUCUGAUUUCAGCAAUAAAAAAUAUUAAUGUUAAUAACAUUACCAAAAAAAUACCACUGUGAUACUUAAUUGUGAUUGUGCAUACAGCAUUAUUUGUCUUGCCAAAUACUAAUACAUGUAUUAAUAUUUUUGUAUAUUUUUACAAUUGUUGAUUUCUUUUUGUGUUUUGUUUUUACAGUAGAAUUGUUCAAACUAUAUUGCCUUAGUGACAAAACUGUUUUUACAGUAGAAUUGUUCAAACUAUAUUGCCUUAGUGACAAAACAUUUAUAUUAAUAUAUUAACAAGACUAGCUUUAAUGGAGCAGAUUAUAUGAAUCAUUCCCUUGCCAUGUGGUAACUAGUUGUACUUAAGUAUAACCAAUCAAAUUAAGGUAUCCAUUUACAAUAUUUCAAUUAAUAACACCUACAUUAAUAUCAUAUUAUACCCAUGAAUAAACACUUUAUCAACUUACUAUUAUAAUUCAACAUUAUUUUUCCAUGUCUACAAAAUAAAAAUUAAUUUAAGGCUUUGUUAAUUACUUUAAAUAUUGGAAACCUUGGGACAUUUUAUUCUGUUAAUUAUGUGUAUGCAUUUCUAAAUGACGCAUCCAAGAAUGAACAAAUGAAUGUAACUUUGUAAAAAAAAGUUAUAAAAAUAAAUACAACUGUAUUGAAGUGUAUUCUGCUUUUAGAUUAUGGAACAAAGUUCGAAGUAACUUUCAAAGUAUUGACUGCACUGAAAAAAACAUUGUUUAAUAUGCAAUUUAUAAUGCACAUUUACAUAGGUUGAAAGUUAAAACAAUAGAUGCAGAAUGACAGUUUUAAUAAUAAAGUACAUGCCUUAAUGUUUGAUUAGGCUAAAUGUUUCUGUCAUUAUUCAUUGUUCCACAUCAUCUGUAUUGAUGGUUCCUUUUAUUUUUACUAAAAAUAUCAUUGUGUAUAAAAUUAAUACGUUCAAUGAUUAUCCACUCAAAUUUCUUUUUUUCCUUUUUUUUUCCAAUACUGCUGAAUUUGGAUUUGAGAUACAUAUAUAUAUAUAUAUAUAUAUAUAUAUAUAUAUAUAUAUUGGAUUAUUAUUAUUAUUAUUAUUAUUUUAACAUAUUAUUUGAUCCAUUUUGUUUACUUCCAGUUUCAGUUAAAUAGAUAUGUGACAUUAUUUUUGUUUUCCCGGUACUUAAACUCUUUGUUCAAUGUAUGAUUGAAAUAUAUAUAUAUAUAUGAUUUGUACAUAAAAUUUAUGAUGACAA